AGCUACUUCUUUUCAAGAAGUCCUAUGGACAACAUGAAGAAAGUUGAUAACAGUUCUUGCAGUGAUGGAGUUCUACUUAGAAUGGGCCUCAAUGAUAACAAAGCUGGAAUGGAAGGUUUGGAUAAAGAGAAAAUUAAUAAAAUCAUCAUGAAGGCUACCAAGGGUUCUAGAUUUUAUGAAAAUGAACUUAAAAAAGACCAGCAAGUUAACCAACGAAUUGAAAAAAUGAUGCAUCUAAAAGAAAAAAUUACAACACAACAGCUCUUGAAAGCACAGCUGCAGGUGGAUAAACUUGUGACAGAACUGGAACAGAGCCGUAACCUUAGCAAUACGAUUGUACAUAUUGACAUGGAUGCCUUCUAUGCAGCUGUGGAAAUGAGAGACAAUCCAGAGUUGAAGGAAAAGCCCAUAGCAGUGGGAUCAAUGAGUAUGUUGUCCACCUCGAAUUACCAUGCUAGGAGAUUCGGUGUACGUGCAGCCAUGCCUGGAUUUAUUGCCAAAAAACUAUGUCCGCAUAUAACUAUAGUACCAUUAAACUUCGAAAAAUAUGGCAAAGUGAGUAAAGAGGUUAGAGAAAUACUGACUGAAUAUGACCCCAAUUUUAUGCCUAUGGGCCUGGAUGAAGCCUACCUGAAUAUAACAGAGCAUUUGGAGGAAAGAGUGAACUGGCCUGAAGAUAAAAGAAGAUUCUUUUUCAACACAGAAAGCACUACAGAGAAAGAUAAAGAUGAUGUAAAUAUGUCUGCCAAAUUUAAUGGAGGUGGAUUCUCUUCUUCACCGCUACUGUUUGAAGACAACACACCUCUGAUGGAUGACCAUUCUGAACAAAGAGAUGGAAAACAAUCAGUGGAAAAUUCUGUAGUCUUUGGAACUUCUGCAGAGGAAGUUGUGAAGGAAAUUCGCUUUAGGAUUGAGCAGAAAACUCAUCUGACUGCUAGUGCAGGAAUAGCUCCGAAUACAAUGUUAGCAAAAAUGUGCAGUGAUCGUAAUAAACCUAAUGGGCAAUGCAGAAUUGUUCCUGAGAGGCAAGCAGUGCUAGACUUCCUGAAAGAUUUGCCCAUUAGAAAGGUGCCAGGUAUAGGGAAAGUAACAGAAAAAAUGCUAAAAGCCCUUGGAAUUGUGACUUGCUCUGAACUUUACCAGCAGAGGGCACUGCUUUCUCUUCUUUUCUCAGAAGCAUCUUGGCGUAAUUUCUUGGAGAUUUCCCUUGGUUUGGGUUCAACACAUUUGGAAAAGGAUGGAGAAAGAAAAAGUAUGAGCACUGAAAGAACAUUCAGUGAAAUAAACACAGCAGAAGACCAGUACAGAUUAUGUCGAGAACUCUGCAGAGACCUCGCUGAAGACCUACAGAAAGGAGGGCUUAAGGGUAAAACUGUUACCUUGAAGCUAAAGAAUGUGAACUUUGAAGUGAAAACAAGAGCUUCAACUGUGCUGUCUUCUGUUUCUACUGAGGAGGAAAUAUUUGCUGUUGCUAAAGAAUUAUUAGCAACAGAAAUUGACAGUUCAGCUCCUCACCCGUUACGGAUAAGACUUAUGGGUGUACGAGUGUCAGGAUUUUUAAGUGAAGAUGAGAAGAAGUACCAACAGAAAAGCAUUACAAGUUUCUUAAAAUCAGGAAAAGAAAUUGGUCAUCCAGAGAAGUCCAAACAAGAAUUUUUCACAAAAAGCACAGAAGCAUCUUCCAGAGGGAGUUUUUUUGAUAAAAAGCGAGCUGCAAGGCAACUAAACAGUGAGAAUCUUUCUGCUAACCAAACUGUAGGUAAGCAGCUCUUUCAUGAUAGGAAAUCAGCAAAUUUUGUGGAAGAAACAGAGAAAGUCGCAGAAUCACAGAAUUCUGAUGUGUGUAAGAUCUUCACCUGCCCUGUUUGCUUUGAGGAUCAAAGCAGCAAUAGUUUGGAAGAGCUUAAUAAGCAUAUUGAUGAGUGCCUCAAUGGGAUUUCUGUUAACAAUACCAUGAAAAUAUCCGAGAAUGAAAAUUCAAGAGAAAAUAAACCUAACAUUGUCCUACAAUUUAAAAAUGAAAAUGUUGAUGAAUGUCAAAAAACCAAGACAGAUCAAUUACCCAGAACAGAGCAGUGUGCGAGUACAUCUGACAAGUGUACAAGCAGUAGCACAGAAAAACUCACUCAGAUAAUACCUGAUAAACCUCACAGAGAAAGACAACCUAGCAAACUCCGUGAUAUUGCUGGAAACAUGUAUAUGAAACAGUGUCUCUUCCCCAAAGGAAUUUCACAUGACAAUGAAAACUAUUUUGGAAAGACUGAACAUACAGAGGAACCUACUUCAUCCUUUCUGUUUGAAGCCAAAGAAGAUGGUGUUCUGGUUUGUCCAGUUUGUAAUUCAGAACAGAAAUCUACUAGUCUAUUGUUGUUUAACAAACAUGUGGAUAUCUGCUUAAAUAAAGGCAUUAUCCAGGAACUGACAGAAAAAAAGGAUUUUCCUACUAAAACUUACAGUUUGGAAAACUCAAGCAGAGUUGAAGGAUUAAGCAGAGGACAGCAAUGCACAAAUCCAUCACAAGGAACAAAAAGGUCUGGACUAUCAACUUCACAGUCAUUGUCAAAAAAGGCCAAGUCAAGCAAUUCAAAACAUACAAUUGAAAUGUUUUUUAAAUGA